GUUGCACUAAUAUACCGGAAGUCUAGUUUACACUUCCGUUCUUCUGUGUGUCUCCUGUCGCGAGCUAGCAUUCAGAUUGGACAGUGACCUUCUCUCAGUGAGCUGCAGUAUUUACAGUUUAGAGAUGGCUGGAGGUCUGUUUGGAACCUGGUGGUCUAGAGUCGGCCCUUACUACACCAAGGCGUACCAGGAGGUCUGGGUUGGCCUGGGAAUCAUGACUUACCUUUACUACAAAGUCUCCUAUGGAGGAAAGAAAGCAGUGAAGUCUAAGUCUGACCACCACUGAUCGGACCACCGUGCAAUGUGCCCUGCUUCCCUGUGUAAAUCUCCCUCAGAAGAGCUUCACUGACUCCAUGAUGUUUAUCUGUUUGUGAAUAAUAAAUGCUCUGUUUGGAAUACCUGUACAA